UAGACGUAAUGACAUCAUUCUUAUAGAGCCGACACUCAGCUGUGCUAUUGAAGGUUCUUAGCUUAUUCGUGUGGCGUUUUACAAUAUGGAUAAGAAUGCUACGCGUUACAGUGUACAGCUGUAUAUUUAUGAUUUGUCGAGAGGAAUGGCUCGCAGUCUCAGUCCUAUCAUGUUAGGAAAACAACUGGAUGGUAUAUGGCACACAGCUAUCGUGGCAUACGGCGAUGAGUUCUUCUUCGGAGGGGAGGGCAUCUCCAGCUGUCCACCGGGGGGGACAAUGCUGGGUCCUCCAGAUACAGUCGUGGAGCUGGGCGAGACCGAAGUGUCAGAGGAGAUCUUCAUGGAUUACCUCUCUUCCCUGGGAGAAAGCACAUACAGAGGUGACAGGUAUCGUCUAUUUGAGCACAACUGCAACACCUUCACCAACGAAGUGGCUCAGUUCCUGACGGGCAGGCCCAUCCCCUCCUACAUCACCGACCUUCCGUCUGAAGUCCUCUCCACACCGUUCGGCCAGAUUCUGCGGCCAAUUCUGGACUCGAUCCACAUCGCCCCUCCAGGAGGUAACGUCAUCAACGGGGGAAGAAACAUCUAGGCUGAGAAAGCAGCAGAGUCCGAGCGGAUUCAGAGCCUCUUCCAUUGUACUCAGUCAUUGAGAAGUCUGUCUUUUUUUUCUUAAUUUCUUUUGUAAAUAAUUUACACACUGAAAUGAAGAUAAUUUCAGGUAAUUCACAGCUACAACUGAAAGCAGAAUUUAAAUAUAAUUUCUUCCUUAAAAUCUAAUUGGUCGUUGAAUGCUACUUAGAGGGAAUCACUUCCCGCUGUAUGAAGUUCGAGGGCGUUGGUCACUAUACAUCACACGCAGGGAAGUGACGUAGUGUAGUGAAGUACCUGGACAGCAGUGAAGUCCGAUGGGAUUCUAGAUUAAUACCAGCAAAGCCAGAUAUCACAACAGUUUCUCAAGAUGACUUUGGUGAUUGUUGCCUCCUUAGAAACACAUUUGUGCAAAGUCAUAUGUCCAGUUAUUUAACUUAUUUUUUUAAUAACAGUAUAUUUAAUCCAGUAUUGUAAAGAGCAAACCAGAGUCACUGCAGCUUUAACAUCGUUUACAUUUUGAAGAACUCGGUAUAAAAUAUUGCAUAUAUUGAUAGCUGUAAUUAAACCACCUAGAACAUUAAAAUACCUCUUGCACAUUAGUGCAUCAAGCUGAUUUACUACAUUCGCUUCUCUACUUAGAUACAAAACAUUCAUUUACUUGUAUGCAGGUCAGAACUCCUAGGAUGUUUUGUUUUUCGCUAUUGCAACAUUUAUUUUAAAACGUUUUUUCACCACUGACAGGUUUAACCCACAAUGUCUCCUAGAAAUGAUGUAUACUGUAUCUAAUUUUCCCCAUUAUGUUGUUUUGACAAACGUAACCUUAGCCAAGCGCUGCGAGGGCCAAAAGAUGACCAUCAAACCGUUUAAUAAUGCUGUAGUGGCUACAAGUUGAAACUGUACUGCAAGAUCUGAUAUAUACAGGCAGAAAAUAAACUGCUGUCAGCAAACAUUUUACUGAUAUGUUCAGUAUUUGGUAUUUGUCAAAUAUGCAAAUGAACAACACAUCCUCGUUUAAAAAAACAGCAGCAUAAAUUUCCUUCAGAAUGUGUGCUUUGUUGCAAAUCACCUCAUUCCUAGGAGACAAGGUUGCAGUGCAUUAUGUGAUGUGGCUGUCUAAUUUUGUUUGAUAGCCUGUGUUUAAUUUCCCAUCAGCAAUCUGUUUUGACUGGUAACAUUUGUCUCUAUGAUUUCUGUUGUAUUCAGCUCCUGUGUGGUCGCCUGUCUUACCAGUCGUUGUAGAGUUUGUGAUAUGACAAAGCAGCUUGGGAUGACAUGAAACUCUAUAUCUCCAUAGCAGGACUGGGAUCAGUUCACUGUAGUUAUGUCUGUGUUUAACCCUGGAUGACAUUUGUUAACGGCAGAGCAAAUAGAAAACACAAACAAUUCCACAGUGCUGUAAAAUAUUUUUCCAGACAAUCGUGGUCUUUUAUUAAAGGUUUUUGACAAUGGAACCAGUUUUCCAGGUCAGAACUAACCAAGAAUCUGAGGGUACUGGUAUUAAAUCUACUGAUAUAGGAUAUAGCUGAAAGUGAACUGUGCCUCAGCCCUGUUAUAUAAUGGAAGCUGUGCCUCUUGUAAUGUGUUCCCAGCCCCCCCAGGGAGAUGCUGGUCAUAGAUACACUUAUGUUUUUUAAAUGCAUGUGUCCCAGUUUCUGUGAGCAUAAUUCUAACCAACUGCACAUCCACUGAUAUUUUUAACGUAGAGGUGACCAUAUGCAGGACAACAUCCUGCACUGUGUCACACGGCCACCAGAGUGUGUUUCAUAUACAGUAUGAUACACCCGUGUGCCUUCGUUCCCCUCCGCUCAGCCACAGCCACACUGUUAUGGGUUGGCAUGGUUAUCAUAGAGCACAGAUGGUAGUUUCCUGACUAGUCUGCAUUAAAAAGCUGAUAGCUGACUGAGUGAACUUAAAAAAAAUAUGGAAGUUACAGUAGGUAACCUGAGACUCACUAAUCUCCACCAUACAAUGCACAUUUAACUGUAUGAAACAUACGCAGUUGUAAAUAUUCCAGAGUAAACACCACCUGGAUCAGGACUGUAACUCACAGCCUAUAGUCUCAGUGCAUUGCUCUGCCAUCAGCAAGAACACACAGCUAGCUGUCUGAUUUCAAGUUAACACAUACAGCAGAUCCCCUGUAUUAGGGUUCAUCCGACUAGCAUCACGUUACACACAUUAACCAUGCUGAAGUUCACGAGCCUUUCCCUGCUUAAACAGAGUGAAGGGUGCAAGAAUCACAGAGAUGCAAGUCUCUCAAAGUGAUUUAACCAGCAUUAUAUUUCACCUGCAAUAAAUAAGCCACCACCAACCUGCCGUUUGUAAGUAUUUGGCUACUUUUGGAGAUUAACAUUUUACAGGUAAUUCCCCUUUAAGUGGCCACAAAGCUCAGGUGAAUCAGGGUUCACCUGUUAUUUUGCCUUCUGCUAACCAACUAACUGACAUGUUAACCAGAAUGAUGAAAUGUAUUUACUGUACAGGUCACCCUGCAAUGUAUGUUGUUGCUGCCUGCUACCUGCAAUCUGAAAUUGCAACAGAUACUAAUGGAUUAUUCCUUAUCUAACCAUGGUAGACAUGUUUAUGCAUAUUGUUUGUGUAAUUGUUUUUGUAAUUCUACCUAUACAUAAAGCCACCCAAUGCACAUGUGAGA